AGGGAGGGGCCCGUGAUGGCCGGGGCCGCCGCCGUCGCGCUGUCCCUUUCCGCGCUGCCCGCCGCCGCCGCCGCCCCGCCACCGCCGCCAGCAGCCGGCUGCCGCCCCGCCGCCAUGGCCGAGGAGGAGACCUCCAGCGACGGGUUGGGAUGGUUGUUCAGCUGGCUUCCUGCUUGGUGUCCCACAUCGCUGCUACACCUUAAAGAGGCCGAGGACAAAAUGCUAAAAUGUAUUACAAGCACAUACAAUAAGCGGUAUGUGUAUAUAGCCAAUGGAAAUAAAAUAUGGACGCUGACGUUCUCUCCAGACCUCACACGUAAAACUCCACUUGUCCUCCUUCAUGGGUUUGGAGGAGGUGUCGGAAUGUGGGCUCUCAAUUUUGAAGAGCUCUGUGAAAACAGGACCGUUCAUGCUUUCGACCUCUUGGGAUUUGGACGUAGCAGUAGACCCCACUUCGACGCCGAUGCUCGGGAAGCAGAAAAUCAGUUUGUGGAAUCCAUAGAACAAUGGAGAAAAGAGGUGGGGCUAGAAAAAAUGAUUUUACUUGGACACAACCUAGGUGGAUUCCUGGCUGCUGCUUACUCACUAAAGUACCCAUCAAGGGUCAAACACCUUAUCUUAGUGGAGCCGUGGGGUUUUCCGGAGAGGCCUGACAAUGCUGAACACGAAAGACCAAUUCCAAUCUGGAUCAAAGCACUAGGAGCUAUACUGAGUCCAUUUAAUCCGUUAGCUGGGCUGAGGAUAGCAGGACCCUUUGGACUAAGCCUUGUUCAGCGUUUAAGACCAGAUUUCAAACGAAAAUACGCAUCAAUGUUUGAUGAUAACACCGUGACUGAAUAUAUCUAUCACUGCAAUGUACAGUCACCCAGUGGUGAAACAGCUUUCAAGAACAUGACUAUUCCAUACGGAUGGGCAAAAAGGCCGAUGCUGCAACGGAUUCCACAAAUGGAUCAAGACAUUCCUAUCACUGUGGUCUACGGAGCACGUUCGUGUAUAGAUGGCAAUUCUGGCAGCACUAUCCAGUCUCUGAGACCAAAUUCAUAUGUGAAGACAAUUGCUAUCCUCGGUGCGGGUCAUUACGUGUACGCUGAUCAGCCUGAAGACUUCAAUCAGAGAGUGAAAGAUAUCUGUGAUUCCGUGGACUGACUGUCUUCUGUUCUUCAGAAAUUCAUACCGUAGAUAACAUGUAAUAGCAAUACUUUCUAGGAAAUUAUUAAAGAAUGCGGAGCUAAUGGAACAGGCUCUGUUUGCACACUGUUUCUUCUAAGAAGCCAUUUGCACACUUAAACCACUUAGUGCCUUUCUGGGGGAUGGGGAAUUUUGAAGCAAACUUUGUACAGCUUUGUUUGAGAUGUGGUUUUAGAUCGUUGGCCUGCCGUACAUGAAAUUACUUACAACUUUUUAAACUGGAAUUUUCUUCAAAAAUGGAAUGGAAUUUCAUUCGUGUGUUGAACUCUAUAAAGAUGCUGAAUUCUCCAUUAACACAGAGAUCUAUACCAGUAUAGACGUAACACAUAAAAUGUGAUUGUGUUUCUUCAUAAACAUUCAUAUUUUCUAGUUGAUGUUUCAUAGCGAGAAUAUGAAAUCGCUUAUAUAUUUUAUUUAUGGAAUUCAGAACUCCAUAUACAAUAUUUUAACAGGGUUGGUUUUUUUUCGUUGAAGUGAUAACAGCUUAUGAAGCUGAUUCUGAGAGAGAGACAGGGCCAAAAUAAUGAGCAGUCUUUAUCACUGAAUAAUGUGUUACUUUGUAAGAAAUCAGGGCUCAAUAUUAGGAAAUCCUUCUUCUGUUGGGUUUUACCUCUGUUUAUCUCAAGGCAUCUUUUCCACGUGUGCAACUUUUACAGAAGCUUCAGUUUGUAAGAGUCAGUGAUGACACCAAUGCUCAUGCUUCCAUAAAUAUUUUGAUACGUAGAUUUCAGUGAUCUAAAGUACAGAAAAUGGCUUGUUAGUUAUUCUAUUUUUAACUCUUUAUGAUCAUUGCAAGAUUUGUUGCUUGCCUAAACCUAACAAUCAUAGAGAAGUUGGCAACAAGAUUUUGAUUAGGGCUAGGGAAUGCUCAUCUGGAUAGUGAGCGUAAUUCCCCUUUCCUUUAGAUAGAACUUCUAGUCUGCUUUCUAGUAAAUUUGGGGUGGGGUGUGGGGUGGGUGCAGAGGGAUAUUUUCUAAUUGGCAACUACAGCAGGUUAGUGUAUUUUAGUUAGCAUGCAACCUCCUUAUAGGAAGGAUUCUUACUGGAACAAACAACACCACUGUAACAAAUUGUAGUUGUACGUUUUGGAGAUUUCUUUAUAUAGUUAGAUAUUUUGUGUAUUUUGAAACUGGAGAUAAUCCAGCCUCCGCAUCUCUUUGAAAAUGUAGUUUGUUAGUAAUUCUUUACCAGCCUAGUAAAUUAAAUUAAGCAAAAUACUUGGUCACUUUAAAGCCAAAUUAUGUGGUGGUUUGUUUUUUAGCAAAGAGUUUACAUCGAAUUAUUGAUCUGCUUCUGAAUGUUAAAUUGACUACUGAAGAAUUCCUAAUACUUUUGUACACAGAGAAUCGAAUUGAUAGCACCAUCUUAAGGCUUGAGUGGAAUUCUGUGCAUUUUUGCUCACAUUAAUUGUGGUGCACAUUGAUGAUAAAGAAGGCAAAGAUGCCUAAAAUCUUCAGGAAAUACUCAGGUUAUGUUCCCAGCUGAACAUAAUCUCUCUUUCUGAAGGAGAUUUGUAUCUAUAUGGUGCUAUGUAAACAUCAAACAGUUUUUGUAACUGCCUCGACUGCUAGCACUUGAUAUCUCACAAGCUAAAGAUUUUAAUUAAAAUAAAUUAUUGAAUUAAAUAUUGAAUUUUCACUUUAGAAGAUGCCAGAUUUUUAAACAAAAUUCUGUGUUAUUUGCUGAAUUCUCGAGUUCAAAUGGAAAAUCAGAAUAACAAUUUAUUUAAUAUAAGCUAUAAAUUAUCAAUCAUGCCACCAUUUAGGUGGAUCCCUUUGGUAUGUAUUUUUUUCACCCUUUUGAUGUCUAAUUUGUAUUUAUCAACUUAAACAGCUGUUCAAAUUGUAUGUAAAGGCCCGAUGGAAAAUACGUUUUGCAUGUCUUCCAAAUAAUAAAAGGUGAAGCGAGAUAUUGGCAUUUUCAGAUAGCACUUAAUGAUGGGAAUUCUAGAUUCCACAUCAAGAGAUGGAAGUAGGGAUAAAAAUUGCACAUUGAAUGUGAACAUUCUCUUAAAUAUCCCUUGCUUUUUCAGCUCAUUGUACUAGUAAGACUUACUUGCUGCUUCAGUUUUGCACAAUAAAAAAAAUAAAAACACCUCUAAAA